AGUGAAGAGGCAACCUUCAAAGAAAAAAAGAGUGAAGAGGCACCAGUGAGUGCACGUCCAAGAGACCAACACCUCACCCACGCUCUCGAUAGCUAGCUCCUCCCUUUCCUACAGCUCUACUCCUAGUCCGACGCUUCAGCUAGCCGCCCUCGAUCCACGCCACGCCCUGAGCUUCACUUGACGCAGUGGCGUUAGGGCGUUACAUUCAAACAAUCCGACGCAGCAUCCUGCCAGAUCACUCCACGCCUCAGCAGAUCUCAAGUACGGGAGAGCUCGUCGGUGGUGGCAGAGCAGCAAUGAAGAGUGCUAUCGUGAGCGUCUCCAUGGGCGUGAUGGAACCGCUACUGUCUAAGCUCUCCAAGUUGAUGGAGGAAGAAUAUGACAAGCUCAGGGGUGUGAGCAAGCAGAUCAAGUUCUUGAGAGAUGAGCUGAGGACCAUGAGUCCCGCACUCGAGAUGCUCGGGGACGCACGUGACCUCAACCCUCUGAUGAGAGAUUGGAGGAAUGAGUUACGCGAGCUGGCCUACGACAUGGAGGAUUGCGUGGAUAGCUUCUUGGCUCGAGUUGAUGACCAUGAGCACCAUCAUGGUGGGCUUGCAGGAAUCUUGGGGCUAUUCCGCAAGUUUAAGAAAAUGGUAGCACGGCAUGAGAUCGCCUGUCAGAUUGAGGAACUCAAGAAACGUGUAAUGGAGGUCAGCGAGAGGCAUAAGAGGUAUAAUUUUGUCGAAUCGGGAUCUAGCCACUCUAGCACUUGUCUCGUUGAUCCUCGACUGCCAGCGCUCUACGAGGACAUAGACAGGCUUGUAGGCAUUGAUGGUUCUAGGAAGCACAUCAUCGAGUUGUUAGCCAUGGAGUCUACUGGGUCAUCUGCAAAACUGAAAGUGGCUUCAAUUGUUGGUUGCGGAGGUCUUGGUAAGACUACUCUUGCAAAGCAAGUCUUUAACACCAUUAAGAGCCAGUUCUCUUGUGCAGCUUUUGUGUCGGUUUCUCAAAGUCCUGAUGUGGGAAGGAUACUAAGAGACAUUGCUAAAGGAGUCGGCCUCAGUGAUAAGACGGCACAGGAUGAUGAUGAGCAGCAGCUCAUCGAUAAACUUAGAGAACACCUCCAGGAUAAACGGUACUUUGUUGUACUUGAUGAUGUAUGGAACACAGAAGCAUGGAAGUUUAUCAAGCUUGCAUUACCAAAAAAUGAUCUGGGGAGCAGAAUAAUCGCAACGACACGCAAUACUGCAAUUGCAUUAUCCUUUUCUUCCCAAAGUGGUGAUGUUUACCAAAUGAAGCCUCUCAGUUUCGACGACUCCAAAAGGUUGCUUUUUAAAAGAUCAUUUGGUUCCGAAAACUUGAACCAUGGCACUCAUUUGGGUAGUGUUCCAGAUGAGAUAUUAAGAAAGUGUGAUGGUUUACCAUUGGCAAUUAUUACUAUAUCAAGCAUAUUAAGAGAUCAGCAUACAAAAAAUGAAUGGGACAGGGUGUUAAAUGAUAUUGGUUCUGCAUUUGCAAAGAAUCCUGCUGCUGGAAAUAUGACAACUAUAUUAUCUCUGAGUUAUUUUGAUAUCCCUCGCCAUCUAAAAACUUGUUUAUUAUACUUAAGUGUGUUCCCAGAAGAUUAUGAGAUAGAAAAACAACGUUUGAUCAAUAGAUGGAUUGCAGAAGGGUUUGUCCAUGAGGAAGAAGGGCGAACUAAAUAUGAAAUUGGUGAGAGUUAUUUCAAUGAUCUCACUAAUAGAAGCAUGAUCCAACCUGUUGAUAUAAAGUAUGGUGAGGCGAAGGCUUGUAGAGUUCAUGACAUCAUUCUUGACUACAUCAAAUGCGAAGCUGUUAAAGAGAAUUUUGUGACAUCUUUAGAUGCCGCAGAGCAUGCGUACACUUCAGAAUACAAGGUUCAUAGGCUUUGUGUUAAAAACGGCGAUGAAGAACAUGUUAGCCUGUGGCAAAGCCAAAUUCUGUCUCACGUUCGAUCAGUUACUGUAUUUGGGCAGCCUGUGAAAACCUCUUUGUUGCCUUCAACUGCACUUCGUGUGUUGGACCUAGGAGAUUGCGGUGGCAUGACAGAACAUCAUAUUGCAAGUAUUGGAACGUUGUUUCAUCUUAAGUACUUGCGUCUCUGCUCACGUUCAAUAACUAAGCUCCCACAGGAAAUAGGGGAACUUCAACAUCUACAAACCCUGGAUGUACGAGGUACCAGAAUCGAUGAACUGCCACCCACUAUCAUAAAACUACAACACUUGGCCUAUUUAUAUGUUAAUCAUCACACUAGAUUUCAAGAUGGAAUGAUUGGACGGAUGCACAGCUUGGAAGAGCUAAGGCAGUAUGGGGUCCUAUACAAACAACGGAAGUCCUUGCAAGAAUUCAGUAACCUAACCAAGCUGAGGACAUUAGAAAUUAGAUUGCAGUGUUAUUUGUUUAAUUGCUCAGGAGGAAGACCAGAUGCUAUUUUCAGCUAUUUUGGAACUUUAUUAUCUUCAUGCAACCUUCAUAAUCUAUCUGUCUCAGACUACCAGACAGGGAGAUACGCACUGCUGCUGGAUCCAUGGCACCCCACUGCUCCUUGUUGCCUCCGAAAGCUCUCCAUCACAAGCUGUUGCGUGUAUAAGGUGCCAAAUUGGAUGGGCUCGCUUGGAAAUCUGGAGGUGCUAGAACUGCUCUUCAUCUGCGUGAGACCAGAAGAUGUUGAGAUCCUUGGAGCAAUACCCAGUUUGCUUUUUCUUGAAUUAACCACUACCGGAGGCAGUAACCGAAGGAUAUUCAUCCAUGGCAACAACGGAUUCAGAAUUCUGAAGUAUUUCUCCCUCUUCAUCACUGGCUGUGGGACAUCACUGGAGUUUGAAGAAGGAUCAAUGCCAAAGCUUGAGCACAUCAAGCUUGCCUUACCUGUCCAUAACAUGGAGUGCCUGAAUGGUGCUUCUAAUUUUGGCAUCCAGCACCUCUCUGCUCUCAGCAAGAUUGAGGUAAAAAUUAGUGGCAACCACAUAUCUGACACUAACUAUGAUCCGAUGAACGAUAAUGACGAUGGCAUCAUCCGAUAUGUUGCUGCUGCCAUUGAUGCUGCCGUCAAUACACUUCCGAACCGUCCCACUAUCAGAUUUGAAACAGAGCAUAGGGUUCACUGUGAACAUUUUGAAUGUGUUUUGAGGAAGGCCAAUCAACGGCUUCGGGGUUUAUUGACAGAGUGGUUCAAAAUUUGGCAAAUUAAAGGCGGGCAGACAGAGCAAGUAACAGAAGUGCAGACUGGACAAGAGGCACUACUAUAGCUGUGAACAGGACUGGCAGGCAGUGGGCACUGGCCCGUUCCUUUUAACCAGCAUGAUCUCUACUAAUUUUUCCCUAUCACGUGUGACAAUAAUUCCAUCAGCUCCACAUGCACAAAAUUCUACACCCGCUUAGCAUUCCACUAGGUACACUCUGCUUCCACUGACAGUUUCAGCAACAACAAUAUGAUCACAGUCGUAGAACCUUGACAAACAUUCCUAUCUAUGACAUUCUGACAUUCUGUUAUCUAUAUAUGCUUUAUUUUUCA